GGGUGAGGGCUCGGGGUGUGGGUGUGUGUGUGUGUGUGUGUGGAGUUUGCUGAGGGUGAGCAGCUUUUAAGUCGCUGCGCUGGGAGACGAGGAGCCUGAAGGGUUUGUCCUGUGCCUUUAAGGAAAGGGCGUAUAUCCUGUGCGGAGAGGAAUAACUGAUUUUUUUGUGUGUGAGUCGGGACAGAGACAGAGAGAGUUUGGGGUCAGUUGAAGGCAUCGGUUUGGAGCCCUCAAAUUCGGAGCCGCUCCACCGCACAAGAGAACGGGAAACAGAUAUGUGUUCGUGACCGACACAGAUAUAUGUUUACGCAAAAAAAGAGAAGGAAACGGGGGGGGAGAGAGAUAGAGGGUCGGGAAAUGUACGUUGUGAAUGGAAGCGAUCGAGACACAAAGAAACUUUCAAACAAGUUCUGAGGACUUUUCGCUGGUACGGGGGAGGGGCGUCAGUACAGCCACAGGGAAAGGGGGAGAAGGAGAGAGCUUGUGGGAGAAGAUGCAGCUGAACCCGGUGAGGAUGCCUUUGUCAGACCUGCCAUCGCCUCCCUGUAGCUGUGAGCCCAGCGCCUCAGCCUCUCCUCGGCAGCUCAGGACCGCCAGCUUCUCUGUGCUCUGCUCAGGUGGGGUGUCUGCCUCCUGCUCGCUGGUGAGGAGCUUGUCGCUGGAAACCCCACGAUGGCCCGAAGGAGGGGCUGAAUCCCAACACCCCAGCUUCCCCCCCAACAUUGACAGCAUUGCCACGGGGGUCAGUGACCCCAAACCAGUCCCCCCCAAAGCCAAACCACAAGUUCCCCCGAAGCCCCCCCACCUGCACAGCGCCCGUCGCUCCCGCCUGCUGGAGCCCAUCCCCCCUCCCCCAUCCAGACCACUGCCCGCGGACCCCAGGCCUGACAGGACCAAGCCCCCCAGAGCCAUGGCCAGAGAUGUGGGCAACUCCCCAUGUGUGUCCUCACUCAUCCAACAGUUUGAGAGGGAGCGGAUCCCGCUGGGAGUAGAGAUGCUGUGUCCGUGCCCGGGGCUGGGUGGGGAGGUUCCCGGGAAGGCCGCUGUGGGUCUGGAGUGUGGGAUCAGCCUGACAGAGCUGCAGGAGUUGAUGGAAAGCUCGGAGAUGGUGGGCGAGUGUCGCUGGCGUGGGGCCAAGGUCAGGAACAGGGACAGUGGGAUUGACAGCCUGAGCUCCCCCUCCACCAGCGACGAGCUGUGCUUUACUGGUGACGAGACCCUCCACACCCAGACUCAGCCCCAGACCCCCACCCAGGGCAGGGGGGCCGGCCUCAGGGACUCCGAGGCUGACAGUGAUCUGGGGGAGGGGAGCGGAGAGGAGUCCGAAUCCACAUCACACGAGAUUGCAGAGCCGGGAGAGCUAACGGCAGCACAGAAAGCUUUCAACGUGGCCAAUGAGCUGCUGCAGACGGAGAGAGCGUAUGUGUCCAGGCUUCACCUCCUUGACCAGGUGUUCUGUGCACGGUUGCUGGCUGAGUCUCGCUGUAACUCCUCGUUGCCUGGGGAGGUGGUGACGGGAAUCUUCUCCAACACCGGCUCCAUUUACUGUUUCCAUCACAACUUCCUGCUGCCCGCCCUCGAGAGACGCAUGGAGGAGUGGCAUGUGACCCCUCGGAUUGGGGACAUUGUACAGAAGUUGGCCCCCUUCCUCAAGAUGUACGGCGAAUACGUCAGCAACUUCGACCGAGCUAUGGAGCUGGUCAGCAACUGGAGCCAACGUUCCCCCCACUUCACAGCCGUGCUGCAGGCAGUCCAGAAGGAGGAUCUCUGUGGGAAUCUGACACUGACCCAUCACAUGUUGGAACCGGUCCAGAGAAUCCCUCGUUACCAACUGCUGCUCACAGACUAUCUGCGGAAACUGCCCCCCGACUCCCCAGACAGGGGGGACGCUGAGAAGUCUCUGGAGUUAAUAUCAACAGCAGCCGAUCAUUCCAACGCAGCCAUCCGUAAAAUGGAACGGAUGCACAAACUGUUAAAAGUUUACGAGCUUCUUGGGGGAGAGGAGGACAUUGUGAACCCGACCAAGGAACUGAUCAAAGAGGGUCACAUCCUCAAGUUGUCAGCCAAGAACAGGAGCAGCCAAGAGCGUUACCUCAUCCUGUUCAACGACCGAUUACUUUACUGUGUCCCGAAACUGCGCCUGAUUGGCCAGAAGUUUGGGGUGCGGGCGAGGAUUGACGUGGAAGGAAUGGAGCUGAAGGAGACAAGUAGCCUGAGUGCUUCCCACACGUUCCUGGUUUCGGGAAAGCAGCGUUCCCUGGAGCUGUUGGCCAGAACUGAAGAGGAAAAGAGAGAUUGGAUUCAGGCUAUACAGGACACUAUUGUGAAGCACGAGGAGAUGGCACAUCUCUUAAACGGUUCAUUACGAGACUCGGAGACACCACCAGACUCCCCGGCCAGUGACUUGGGAAGGAGGGCACCCACCCCGAUUAGGGAGAAGGACGUCACUAUGUGUAUGAAAUGUCAGGAGCCUUUCAACUCCAUCACUAAACGCCGGCACCACUGCAAGGCGUGUGGCCAUGUCGUUUGUGGGAAAUGCUCAGAAUUCCGGGCGCAGCUCAAGUACGACAAUAACCGGUGGAGCCGCGUUUGCUGUGACUGUCACACAGCGCUGCAGGGAACCGCAGCCAGUCCUCCCCAACCAGAACCUCCCUCCCACAGGAGGAGGUCCAUCCUGCAGAAACAAGCCUCGCUGGUGGCUGAGAAUAGUGUUGUCUGCGGCUACGUCAGUUACAUGGAGAAGAGCAGCAAAUCCUGGCACCGAGGCUGGUUAGUGAUUCCCGACAGCGAACCUCUCGUCCUCUAUAUCUACGGGGCUCGUCAGGAUGUGAAGGCCGCCCGCAGUGUCCCUCUGAUCGGGUUCCAGGUCAGCAGACCCGAUCCUGGGGAGCGGGUGGAGAGGAGGUUCCCCUUCAGCAUCUCUCAGAGCCACCUGACCCUGCGUUUCAGUGUAGAGACCGAAGAUCUGCGGACACAGUGGGUGACCGCACUGACCAGAGCCGGACGUGGUGGGGAGGGUGAGGGGCUGUGCAGCCCAGACCAGCGCACGUCAGAGCCACACCCCGAGCGGCCUGAGCCAGGCCAGACGUCAUCCAACCCAGGCCAGCCUCCGUCCAACCCAGACCAGUCUCCGUCCAGCCCAGACCAGCCUCCGUCCAACCCAGACCAGCCUCCGUCCAGCCCAGACCAGCCUCCGUCCAGCCCAGACCAGCCUCUGUCCAGCUCAGAGCCCACCAGGUCCCCUCAGCCACCAGGUGAAGAAACUCCCAAGACCAGAGCUCGAGACUCAUCAUCACCCGACUGAGCAACACACAAUCUAGUGUGUGGGUCAGAGCAGAGCACACGUGUGUGUGUGUGUGUGUGAGACAGGGCAGAGUACACGUGUGUGGGU